GGAUGAUUUUGACUGUCAACUUGCACCACCAACAGUUUCAUCAGUUUCACCAGUUUCACGGAAGCGAAAGCCAUCAGAAUUUUAAAAACUUUCCUAAUUUUGCAACGCCUGUUCGAAUAAUUCGUAUUUGUAGUAGGUAUUAGAAGUGGCAUGAAGGUCUAAAGUUCGGUGUGAAAAGAUGUUCAGUUUUGGCAAGAAACCGGCUGCUCCGAAGCGGGACAAGAAGCGCGAUGCUUCCGAGUUCGGACUGUUUGGAAUAGGAGACGAUAUGGUGGGCAUCGGUGACGAUGACGACGAUAUGGAUGGUGACGAUGGCGAUUUGGAAGCGGAACUGGCAGCGAUUGCCUCCGGUUCUGGUUCUGGGAAGAAAUCCAGGCCGAAGCCCAAACCGAAGGGAAACAUUGUAGCUCCGGAAGCAUUGGAUGCAAUGGUGGCAGCUAGUUUGCGGGAUGUCGGAAGUGACGAAGAGCUUUCCGAUGACGAUGACGAUCCGGAUCUGCUGAGUGAACUAGCGGAAAUCUCUGGUGGACAUGUGGGAAGCGAUGAACCUGAAGUUGACAGAGCAUCCCCUCCGAAACGAUCUGCUUCAAGUGGAUCGGGGGUAAAGGAUCUAAUUAAGUCUAGAAUUGAAAUGUAUACCAGGGCUGAAGAAAAUGCUAAAAAGGCCAAUGAUUCCUCCAAAGCUAGAAGAUUCAAUCGAGGACUGAAGACGCUAAAAGACUUAUUGAAGCAAGCCGAAUCUGGUAAGACGGUAGAUCCCAGCGAAAUACCUCCAGAAGUGAGUGUAAAGUCAUCCGCCUCUGAACCUAAACCGGAACCACCAAAAGAGGAGAAGUCACCAGAUGUUCCUAUAGUUCCCACAAGAAAGGCUCCUGCGCCUCCUUCUAUCUCUGCUCCAGUUUUUGAACCAACUACCGUUGCAAGCCCCCCUGAACCUGCAGCAGAACCAAUAGCUAAUCCCCAGCUAACGCUGCUCAAUAAUAGGAAAAUACAGUAUAAAUCAGCUGCACUGGAAGCGAAAAAAGAGGGAAAUACAGAGAAGGCUAUCCAAUACAUCAAGAUAGUCAAACAAUUUGACUCGGUCAUCAAUGCGUUGGAAAACGGACAAGAAGUUGACCUAAGCAAAAUGCCACCUCCACCAGGGGAGCUCGAAAAAUCGCCACCUCCUGUGCCUCCUCGUGCUAAGAAAGAGGAAGAUCACACACAAAAACAUGCCGAAGUGCCUGCCAUCAGUACCCCUUCCGUACAGGAAGACCCGGACCAACAACCCGAGGAGGAGGAGGAAGUGCUCAUCCAAGCCACCACCGUUGCCGAAGCCCUGCAGCAAAGGCUCGAAAAGUAUCAAUCCGUCGAGAAGGCGGCCAAAGACGAGGGCAACGCUUCGAAGGCCCGUCGCAUCGGGCGUAUCGUGAAGCAGUAUCAAGAUGCCAUCAAGCUACACAAAGCGGGGAAACCGAUUCCAGUCGAUGAGCUUCCCACUCCGCCCGGGUAUGCGCCGAUUCCUGUGGAUGGACCUCCGCAGCCAGCAGUUGUUAAACCGACCCCUUCGCCGAGACCGGCCCCGGCAGUGACGCCGGUAGUUUCGCCUGGGGGAAGCUCAACUGCAGGCCCUGAUGUUGCUGGUCCCAGUAAAGCACCCAAACCGCCUCAAACUCAGAACGAAAAGCAAAUUGCCCUUUUGCUGGAGCGUCAGAAGGAAUUUCGACAAGCAGCCGUGGAAGCCAAAAAUGCUGGCGAACUAGAGGAAGCCAAGGAAUACUUACGAGUAUUCAAAGGCUUGGAGAAGCUGAUUGAUACCGCUCGCGGUGGCAUUCCCAUCGAUAUGAACACUAUCCCAAUAGCACCGAAGAAGCGAGCAUCACUGGAAGAUUCCUUCACGCUUGUCGCCGAAGAGGAUUGCACCCCGACGGACGAUGCGGACGUAGAUCUGAACACGCGGCUCGAGGAGCAACUGUCGAAGCAGCUGAUCAUGUGCAGGAACACCAGGGACCAUCAUCGGGCCAUGGGUGACGUUGCGGGAACCAAUCGGUUCGAGAACUUAGCCCUUAGUGUACAAAAAGAUCUGGAUUUUGUGAGAUUAGCUCAUCGGAAGCGAUUACCGAUUCCCAAGUUCCACUACGAAAUGAAGCAGUUCAAUGUGGUCAAAUGUAAUACGGAUUUGACCGAUAAUGAAGUGGAGGUUACGAUAGUUAGGGGUAUCAACUAUAACGUUCCCAAUCCGAAGGAAGUGGAUACGUAUGUAAAGCUAGAGUUUCCUUAUCCACAGGAUGACCCUCUGAAAGUGAAAACCGCUCUGGUGAGGGACACGGACAAUCCGGAAUAUAACCAUCGGCAGAGCGUCGAAAUACACAGGAGUCAACGGGCGUGUCAGCGGAUAUUCAAAAGACAAGCCAUCAAAUGCGAAGUCUUUUCGAAAGGAUGUUGGGGUGCUGGAUGCUUCCGGUGCUGCAGUUGUUGUCCAUCACCAUCGUCCAGGUCUAGCAUUUUUUCAUCCUCUUGUUUCAGUGGGUUUCUUCGCUCGGAUACACUCAUCGGUACGGUCACGGUGAAGCUGCAGCCACUGGAGACGCAGUGUGAGAUUCAUGAUUCAUUCCCGCUGAUGGACGGUCGUAAAACAGUCGGCGGUAAGCUGGAAGUGAAGAUACGUGUUCGGAAUCCGAUCCUGACCAAACAGAUCGAGCAGAUAAACGAAAAGUGGCUGAUUAUCGAUGCAUGAGUUGAUCCACCAUCAGCGCCCCUGAGGAACCGAUAGCCGCACUAGGAUUGCAUUUGUUAUGCUGUGAACAGUACAGGCUAAGGCUGGGGGAUUCAUUGAUAGAUGAUGUGAGAUUCUCUGCCUAAAUUAGCAAACACAAAAAAAGGAACGUAAUCUAAGCGACAGACUACUACAUAGAGAUAUUCGAACGACGCAGCAAAACAUUUCACGGAGUUUGGCAAGCCGUUCAACCUACGUGAUAGGAGAACUAUCUAGAUGAUGGAAAAUACGCUUUAAUCUUUUAUUAUAUGUUAAUCGAGUGAUUGUUAGUAGCGAAAAUAAAAUGAUGUCGGGUUGUGAUGAGCGAUGGGACAGCUUUACCUUGUAAAGAUAAUCUUGAAAAAGAAUAAAAGUGCUUAUGUUGUACGAAA